AUGUCGAUACUCUCAGAUUUAAUAAACAUUAAUCUCUCAGAAACCUCCGAGAAGAUCAUAGCUGAAUACAUAUGGAUCGGUGGAUCUGGAAUAGACAUGAGAAGUAAAGCAAGGACUCUCCCUGGACCAGUUGAUGAUCCUUCUAAGCUUCCCAAGUGGACAUAUGAUGGUUCCAGCUGUGGUCAAGCUUCCGGAGAAGAUAGUGAAGUGGUCUUACAUCCUCAAGCAAUUUUCAAGGAUCCAUUCAGGAGGGGUAACAAUAUCCUGGUUAUGUGCGAUACUUACAAUCCUCAUGGCGAACCCCUUGCGAGUAACAAAAGACAUGCUGCAGCAAAGAUAUUCAGCCACCCUGAUGUAGCUGCUGAAGAACCAUGGUAUGGUAUUGAGCAAGAAUACACCUUGAUGCAAAAAGAUAGUCCAUGGCCUUAUGGAUGGCCCGUUGGUGGUUUUCCUGGACCUCAGGGACCAUACUAUUGUGGCCUUGGCGCUGACAAGGCUUUCGGGCGUGACAUUGUCGACGCGCAUUACAAAGCGUGUCUUUAUGCUGGCAUUACCAUAAGUGGUAUCAACGCAGAAGUUAUGCCUAGCCAGUGGGAGUUUCAAGUUGGUCCUGCUCUUGGAAUCUCCGCUGGUGACGAGAUUUGGGUGGCGCGUUAUCUUCUGGAGAGGAUCACCGAGACUGCGGGAGCUGUUUUAUCUUUGGAUCCUAAACCAGUGAAGGGUGAUUGGAAUGGUGCUGGUGCUCACACGAACUAUAGUACGAAAUCGAUGAGAAACGACGGUGGCUAUGAAGUGAUUAAGAAAGCGAUUUCGAACUUGGAGAAGAAACACAAAGAGCAUAUUUGUGCUUAUGGAGAAGGCAAUGAAAGACGUUUGACAGGAAAACAUGAAACUGCUGACAUCCAUUCGUUCAAAUGGGGCGUUGCGAAUCGCGGUGCUUCUGUUCGGGUAGGAAGGGACACUGAGAGAGCAGGGAAGGGUUACUUUGAGGACAGAAGGCCUGCUUCUAACAUGGAUCCAUAUAUUGUUACUUCCAUGAUUGCAGAGACAACCAUUCUCUGGAAACCAUGA